UGUAGCUUAUUUAAACGCAUAUAUCGGGUUAAGUGUAUCUCCAAGUUUGAAUUUGAUACCAUUUGACUGCAAUGUUGGAAUUGAUAUAAAAGAUAAUGAGUAAUAAUCAAGACAAGACCGCAAUUAUAAUCCAACCAGAAGAAAAGGGUGACCCAAUUUUCCAGGAAUGGCCGGUUCACACGGAAUGUCCACAUUGUGGUAGCAGUAUCCUGACCUCCCUGGAGUACGAGGCCGGAACGCUCACAUGGAUCAUGUGUUUCUUCUUAAUGUUUAUUGGGCUUUUCCUCGGAUGCUGUUUCAUUCCAUUUUGUUUGGAUGGAUGUAAAGACAUUGCUCACAUUUGUCCCAAUUGUAAAAAGGAAGUUGGAAGAUAUUACCGGAUGUGACAUAGAAGAUGGAAGUCAUACUGUAUAUCAAAUUCGAAACUGUGCCAAACGAUCAAAGUAUAAUGUCGUUAUGCUAAAAUAUUAAUUCAUGUGGUUGACAAUCUUCAUGUCUCUCCUUGCCAUACUGUCUUUCCACAAUUUUUUUUAAAAAAUAAAUUUUGUUGUUAUGACUACUUUAUUUGUGGAAAGACAAUACAACUUGUAUAUUUUGACACACAAGGAAAGUGAUUUCAUAUAAUCCGUCCAUACAUGCAAUGAUACUUGGAUAAACCAAGGUGCAAUAUAUAUUAUGUAGAAAAAUA